GGCGAUGGGGGGGAGGGGAAGGACGGGCGGCCGCUCGGCGACUCACUGACUGACUGAGGGAACGAGUGAGUGAGGGGCGGGUUGGAUUGGAUCGGAUCGGGGACUCCUUCAUCCACCUGUUCGCGUCCGGAGGGGGUGGGGGUUGGGUGGAAAUCAGUCUCCCUUCAUACACAGAGGGGGAAGAGAGAGAGCACGACAACCGCCGCCUCGCCUCCCGCUUCCUCACACACACCGUGGGGGCUGAGGUUGGGCGCCCGCCUGCGCCAUAGGGGCCUCGUAUACCCUCCCCAGCCCCCACACCCUACAACACAAGCCCCCACACCCCACGCACCAGAAUACACUACCCCAACCCCUCAACACAGCCCUCACAACACAACCCCCAUCCCCUCAACAUAACCCCCCCCCAUCAACACAAGCUCCCACCCACCUCAAUACAAUACCCCCACCCCCUCAACGCUACUCCUCACGCCAUUCCCACCCCCUCAACAGAAGCCCCACAACAACUCCAUCCCACCCUUUUAACGCACUGUCUCCCACCCCCUCAAUAAACUCUCCCCCUCCCAACACGCGUGCCCUGCCCCCUCCAGACGCCCACCCCCCCUCAACAUUCUCCCCUUACCCCCCUUCAAUACACGUCCCCCACCCCAUCUAUUUCCCAGCCAGUGCUGCUCCUCCAUCUCCCCCCUCCCCCCCCUUCCUAUUUCCAAGCUCAAGCCAGUGCUGCUCCUCCAUCCAUCCCUCCCGCAUUCACAAUGUGGCGCUGAAGCCGGACCUCGGGGCUCGAUCUCACUUUGCAGGGGGGGAAAGGGGGUAUCCCAAGCUUUCGUUCUGCCCCGGGGUCCGAGAGAGAAGGGGCAGGAAGAGGUGGAUGUGGAGGGUCCCGGCUGGUGAAGUCGUGCCAGGAAGAUUUCUUCCCUCCAGCCACUUUCUUUGCAGCGGGAUUAUCCACCAGGAUUCUCUCCACCAGACUUCAAUCAAAGGAUUGCUAAAGUGAAUGAACAUGGAAACCAGUCAUCGAACAAACACUGGAAUUUUUUUUGGAUAAUGCAGUCUGUUUACUGAUCAACGCUUACUGGAGGAAUUGCAUCUUCUGGAGUCCAACAUUUGCCUGGAUUAUUGCAGCUUUCUUUUGAACCAAGAUUUUGCAUUUAAGGAUUUUUAAAAAUGGGUGACAUGAAUAAUGCAGUAAAGUACCUUCCAAGCAAAACAACAGAUGAUCUCCAAAGUCAAUCGUAUUUUGACUGUACUCUUGACGAGCUCCGUAAUCUUAUGGAACUGCGAUCUAUAGAUGCUGUACAGAAAAUAGAAGAGUGUUAUGGAAAUAUGCAAGUAUUUUGUGCAAAGUUGAAAACCUCACCUGUAGAAGGGUUAUCUGGUGAUCCUGCAGAUCUCAGCAGAAGGCAUCAAGCUUUUGGGGAAAAUUUUAUACCACCUAAAAAACCAAAAACUUUUCUUCAGCUAGUAUGGGAAGCUUUACAAGACGUCACCUUAAUUAUUUUAGAAAUUGCAGCCAUAAUAUCGCUAGGCCUUUCUUUCUAUAAUCCUCCUGGAGGGAAGAAUGCAGAUUGUGGUAAAGUUACACAUGAUCAUGAUGAUGACCAUGAAUCGCAAGCUGGUUGGAUCGAAGGAGUUGCCAUUCUUGUUUCUGUUAUUUGUGUGGUGCUGGUUACAGCUUUCAAUGACUGGAGUAAGGAAAAACAAUUUAGAGGUCUACAAAACAGGAUAGAGCAGGAGCAGAAAUUCUCAGUGAUAAGAGGUGGCCAAGUUAUCCAGAUACCUGUGGCAGAACUGGUGGUUGGUGACAUUGCUCAAAUUAAAUAUGGUGACCUCUUACCUGCUGAUGGUAUACUUAUUCAUGGAAAUGAUCUAAAGAUAGAUGAAAGCUCGCUUACUGGAGAGUCUGACCAUGUGAAGAAACGCCUAGACAGAGACCCGAUGCUGUUGUCUGGUACCCAUGUAAUGGAAGGUUCCGGGCGAAUGGUGGUCACAGCAGUUGGUAUGAACUCUCAAACUGGAAUCAUUGUCACCUUGCUAGGGAGUGGAGAGGAGGAAGAGAAGAAAAAUAAAAAGCAAGGCCGAACGGUGGAAAAUCGAAACAAAGCUAAAGCUCAGGAUGGGGCAGCUAUGGAAAUGCAGCCUUUGAAAAGUGAUGAAACGUGUGAUAAUGGAAGUGAAAAAAGUAAAACAAAACUACCCAAAAAAGAGAAGUCUGUACUUCAAGGAAAGCUAACAAAACUGGCAGUUCAAAUAGGGAAAGCUGGAUUGGUGAUGUCUGCUAUGACCGUUAUAAUUCUUGUUCUGUUUUUUGUGAUUGAUACGUUUUGGAUUCAGAACAUCCCUUGGUUGACUGAGUGCACACCAAUUUACAUCCAGUAUUUAGUUAAAUUUUUCAUAAUUGGUGUUACUGUCCUGGUUGUGGCAGUACCAGAAGGUCUCCCCCUUGCAGUUACUAUCUCUCUGGCAUAUUCAGUAAAGAAAAUGAUGAAAGAUAAUAACUUGGUCAGACAUCUGGAUGCCUGUGAAACCAUGGGGAAUGCAACAGCUAUAUGUUCAGACAAAACUGGUACCCUUACAAUGAACAGAAUGACCGUGGUUCAAGCACAUAUUGCGGGCGAAUACCACAAGACAAUUCCAAAUCCAGAGACUCUUCCUGAAAAUGUUUUGGACAAACUUAUUGUAGGAAUAGCUGUGAACUCUGCUUAUACUACCAAGAUACUGCCAACCGAGAAAGAAGGUGGCUUGCCACGUCACAUUGGCAAUAAGACGGAAUGUGCCUUGUUACAAUUUGUAUUGCAUUUGAAGAAAGACUACCAGAUAAUUCGAAAUGAAGUUCCGGAAGAGAAAAUGUUCAAAGUCUAUACCUUCAAUUCUGCACGGAAAUCCAUGAGUACAGUGCUGAAGAAUCCUGAUGGUGGUUUUCAAAUGUUCAGCAAGGGUGCCUCUGAAAUUGUACUUAAAAAAUGUUCUAAAAUUCUCGAUGAAAUGGGUGAAGUCAAAGCUUUAAAGUCCCACGAACGUGACAGUUUAAUUAAGGAUGUAAUAGAACCAAUGGCCUCUGAGGGAUUGCGCACCAUCUGCUUAGCAUUUAGAGAAUUUGACGAUUCUCCUACGGAUUGGGAUAACGAAAAUGAUAUACUUUCUGGCCUCACUUGUAUUGCUGUAGUUGGCAUUGAAGAUCCCGUAAGACCAGAGGUUCCAGAUGCCAUUAAGCAAUGCCAGAGUGCUGGUAUCACAGUGCGGAUGGUUACCGGUGACAACAUUAACACGGCUCGUGCAAUUGCUACAAAAUGCGGCAUUAUACAAGCGGGCGAUGACUUUCUGUGUUUGGAGGGUAAACAGUUCAACAAACGCAUUCGCAAUGCAAAAGGAGAGAUUGAGCAAGAACGGUUAGACAGAGUCUGGCCCAGGCUGCGUGUCCUUGCAAGAUCAUCACCCACCGAUAAACAUACUUUAGUCAAAGGCAUUAUUGAUAGUACUGUGAUGGAACGAAGGCAGGUGGUAGCAGUCACAGGUGAUGGUACUAAUGAUGGGCCAGCGUUGAAAAAAGCUGAUGUUGGAUUUGCCAUGGGUAUUGCUGGAACAGAUGUGGCCAAAGAAGCCUCAGAUAUUAUUCUAACCGAUGAUAACUUCACAAGCAUUGUCAAAGCAGUAAUGUGGGGCAGAAACGUGUAUGACAGUAUUUCAAAGUUUCUCCAGUUCCAGCUAACUGUCAAUGUCGUGGCAGUGAUUGUGGCAUUCACUGGUGCUUGUAUUACACAGGAUUCUCCUUUGAAGGCUGUGCAGAUGCUUUGGGUAAAUCUAAUCAUGGACACACUUGCAUCACUUGCUUUGGCCACUGAACCUCCCACAGAAGCUCUAUUACUACGGAAGCCUUAUGGCAGAAAUAAACCACUCAUCUCCCGUACCAUGAUGAAAAAUAUACUUGGUCAUGCCAUCUACCAACUUGUUAUUGUGUUUACACUCUUGUUUGCUGGGGAGAAAAUAUUUGAUAUUGACAGUGGAAGAAAUGCUCCUCUUCAGGCUCCCCCAUCAGAACACUAUACAAUUGUAUUUAAUACAUUUGUUUUGAUGCAAUUGUUUAAUGAAGUGAACGCUCGCAAAAUUCAUGGUGAAAGGAAUGUUUUUAAUGGAAUUUUCAAAAAUCCAAUAUUUUGUAGCAUUGUACUGGGAACAUUUUUGGUACAGAUCCUAAUUGUUCAAUUUGGUGGGAGGCCAUUUAGUUGCACUGAACUAUCGAUUGAUCAGUGGUUAUGGUGUGUUUUUCUAGGAUUGGGAACACUUCUCUGGGGACAGAUGAUUGCUACAAUUCCAACAAGUCGAUUAAAGUUCCUCAAAGAAGCUGGCCUUGGCACACAAAAGGAAGAGAUUCCAGAGGAAGAACUGGAAGAGGAUAUUGAAGAAAUUGACCAUGCAGAGAGAGAACUGCGUCAUGGUCAAAUUUUGUGGUUUAGAGGUCUGAACAGAAUACAGACUCAGCUCAGAGUGGUGAAUGCAUUCCGUAGUUCUUUGUACGAAGGAUUAGAGAAACCAGAAAGUCGCAGCUCAAUCCACAACUUUAUGACCCAUCCAGAAUUUCGAAUAGAAGAUUCUGACACACAGAUCCCUCUUAUUGAUGAUAGUGAUACUGAAGACGGAACACAGAAACAACCUGAUAGCUCUCCUAAAUUAUCUCUCAAUGAAAACAACAAUGCUGUUGACAGUGGGAUCCAUCUUACAACAGACACAAGCAAGUCUGCUACCUCUUCAACCCCAGGGAGUCCACUACAUAGUCUGGAAACGUCUCUCUAGUGCGAAUUGAAUGUUAAUAUAAACGGUCUAGUGAGUUACAGGGAAAAAAACUGGUUCCUUUUACACUGUGUGAUUGACAAGAUAUUCUUGUCUUGGACUUCAGCAGAAGACACACCGAGAAUGUAGAUACUUUUAAGCUUUCUGCCAGACUAUGGGUGCUUUUGGAAUUCAAGUGAUGCACAAACCUGGUAUAAAAAUGACUUGCUUUGAGGAUUUGUUCUGUUACAGAAGGAUAAAAAAAAAAAAAUCAACUUUAAGAAUUGUCCUGAGAGUGUGUUAGCUGAACAUUUAGUUUUUCUUGAUUUCUGGAUGGUGUUUAUUUUGCCCUGGCUCAUUGAAUCUUUAAUUUCUGCUACUUGGCUGUUAAUAUUUUGAAUUAUUUAUGUUCUAAAAUGAUGCAGUUCUGUUUACAAGGUUUGUAGAUACUUUUGUUUCUGUUUGUAGGUAGAAGGCUUCCUGACAUAUGAUGCAGAGAAACUAAUCCUUAAUACUACUGUAUUUUCAGGAAAAGGGUGUUUCUAUUGAAACUGUACUAAAUAUGCCUGUGAUUUACUUUGUUAAAUACUGUAGAUAAGAAAAGCUAAUACUUGUAGCCAAAUAGAUAACACUACUAAAACAAUGCUGAAAUAUUGUAACAGUUAUGGCCCCUUUCCCAGUGCAGCCCCCCCAAUAUUUACAAGGAUUUUUCAAUGAUUGUUUCAGAAUCUAGUUUCUCAGUUUUUGAGAAAUUAACUGCAUAAAGAAUCUUUCCUUUCAAAUAAGUAAGGGUGAAAUGUCAAUUGGAAAAAUACAUCCAUGUAUAAUGAGAUGCUUCAGAGUAUUUGUCAGCUCAUCAAAUGGAUUAAAUCAAAUGCAUCAUUAUCUUUGUCUGUGUUUGUCCUUGGAUAUUAGCUUAAACUUGGUGAGAUACGAACAGGAUUUUAUUUCCCUAGAAAUAUUUAGGCACUUUCAUUCAGCACAAGGGAGGGCUGUUUGAAUAGUGUGUACUAUAUUAUCUUCAACUUUUAUGAUUUUAAAUAACCCUCUCAUUUAAAAAAUAAUCAAAAUGUUGUAAAACCCAACGCUGCAUCAUGCAAUGUACCAGGAUAAUUGAUUUCUAAGAGUAGAUAACUCCCUUCUACAUCAUGGUUUCAAUUGAUAAGGAUUGACAUGGCAGUAAUCUAAUAUGGCGCAUUUGUGAUGCAUACAACUUUUUUCCCCAAAGAUGUGGGUGCGGUAAUUGGCAAGAGCACAUAACUGCAGCGUACCUGGGGCAGGAAAUAAUUCCAAACUACUUUACUGCUGUCUUGUUCGUUAGUGUAAUUAUUUCCUCGAAUCCCCCACUCAUUCAAUAUUAUACUUUAACAGAUCUAAUUCAGUACGAUUUUAAUCUGUAAAAAAAUUAUUUGCAGCAAUGGGUUUUUGGGGUGGGUGGGGGAGGUUGGCUGUGGGGAAAAAUGAUAUGUACAGCUGGAUUUUCUGUUGCGAAUUUCACAUUUCCUGUGUCCAAACUACUUUUAAGAUUUUUUUUAAAUUAUGGAGUAUUGAAAAGAAAAGGUUGAGUGAAAUAGUGUCUGAUUUUUGACAUUUACAGUAAUUUAUAUUACUAAUGCCAACAGUGUAAAUUUUAGAACCAAAUCAUUAAAUGUUUAAAGAAAUACUAACAAUAAUGUCAGAUUUUCCUUGUGUCAGAUGUUUUUAGUCUGUAUACCCAAGGAGCAGAGAUACAAUGUUUGCAAUAGAAUCUUUAGGUGAUUGACCACAGGGAUAAUUUCCUUAUUUAAACAAAUUCUCUAUUCCCUGUGGCUGUUGUGAAAAUGUUUAUCCUUGUAUAAUAUUUAUUUCAGUAAUUAAAUGGUGACUGGAUAAGAGUUUGUCAACCACAAAUCAACACUAAAAUCAAGACAACUGUACAUAUUUUAUCUCGAACAACAAGAAGAGCUUGACUUUGUGAUGAAUGGUGAACAUUGUGUAGUUAUAUUCAAAAGUUGCUAAUUAAUUGACAGGACAAUUCCCUCUACCCAACAUUUCCCUGCUUAAUUAUUUAUAAUGACUCCUGAUCCAGCUAUAUCCCUUAAAAUCUGUCCUGCCUUGCUACCUCUAUGCUCUGGAAUUCCUAAACUACUGAUCUGCUAUGUGUUCCAUAAACAGAUCUGUUGUGGCUUAAACCUUUGCUCACCUGUCCUAAUAUUUGCAUGCCUUCAAGUCUAACUUUUCCUGAAAAGCACCGGGGGAAUUUUGCUCAACCACAUUAAAAGCGUUCUAAAAAUGU